AAUUUUUUAAAGGUAUAAAUGCAAGUCCAUUUUGCUCUAAAGCAUCUCAAAGGAUACUGCACUCUCUCGCCUCCCUCGUUUGAAUCUCUGUCGUUGAAUCCUCAAAUCUAGACAGAGAAAUCGAACUCAAUUUCAGAGAGAUAGAGAGGUAUCUCCACUUCUGAAGCUGUUCCUCACUGCAAUGGCGUUCAUAUCUUUCAUCGGAAGACUGCUUUUCGUCUCUCUCUUCGUUCUCUCCGCCUAUCAAGAGUUCACUGAAUUUGGAGUUGAUGGUGGGCCUGCUGCAAAGAGUUUGAGGUUGAAAUAUGACGUUUUCUCCAAUCAUGUUACAACCCAAACUGGAAUUCAAAUUCCUCAUGUAGAUAUGAAACAUUUGAUAUUGGGAGCCAUCAUCAUGAAAUCUAUCGGAAGCCUCCUAUUUGUCUUUGACAGCACUUUUGGAGCUGUGAUCCUGCUGUUGCAUCAAGCAAUCGCAACUCCCAUCUUGUUCGACUUCUACAACUACGAACCAGACAAGAAAGAGUUUAAUCAGCUCUUUGUCAAGUUUACACAGGGCUUGGCAUUGCUUGGAGCUCUUCUCUUCUUCAUUGGCAUGAAGAACUCAUUGCCAAGGAGAUCGCCAAAGAAGAAGGCCACUAAAGCAAAAACCAAUUAGGAUUAACCGAUGAUCAGCUAUACAUGGUUUGUUACAAUUUACCCAUCUUUUGUAAGAUUAUCAUAGCUACAUCAGUGCGAUAUUUUUGUUUUCACAUCUUUAUUUCCAACUACGUUAACUCAACAAUACUUCUUUUGAAUUCUAAAAGCUUCAAUCACAACUGAGUAGUUAACACUAA